UUCAACUCUUUGAACUCUUCCAGUUUUAUUUUCACUUACACUUAUUUCACUAUUAUUUUUUCUCAACAGAUCAUUCUAUAUCAACCCUACGGCAAAUCGGUAGAUUGGUGGGCUUAUGGCGUUCUGCUCUACGAAAUGCUCGUCGGCCAGCCGCCGUUCGAUGGUGAGGAUGAAGAAGAGUUGUUUGCUGCCAUUAUCGAUCACAAUGCCUCCUAUCGGAAGAGUUUGAGCAAGGAGGCCAAAGAGGCGUGCAAAGGGUUCUUAUUGCAGUUUCUCACCAAGCAACCGAAUAAACGUCUCGGUUGUGGGCCCACCGGCGAGGCAGAUGUGCGUAUACAUCCCUUCUUUCGAAGAAUCGAUUGGGAGAAAAUCGAGAAUCGCGAAGUGCAACCGCCAUUUAAGCCGAAAGUUAAACAUCGCAAAGGUGUCUCGAAUUUCGAUAAGCAAUUCACUUCGGAGAAAACGGAUCUGACACCAACGGAUAAAGUAUUUAUGAUGAAUUUGGAUCAAACGGAAUUUGUGGGCUUCUCCUACGUGAAUCCGGACUAUGCGGUGCCCGUUUAAAGACACUGA